AUGGAUCCAUCUCUCCUAAAGGAACGUGAAGCAUUUCUACGGCGGGCAAAAAAUAUGCCAGUAAUCGAAAAGCCCCGAAUCCAACAGCAGCCAGUGUCCCAAGCGAAUGUCAGCCCAACGCCGGCCAAGCGACCAUUUAUUUCUACCUCCCGAGAUUACCUUGCAAUGGACACACGACCACAAAAUCAGGGUAGAUUUACUCUACUAUCGCGUGUCGUCAAAUAUAUGAAGCAAAGACAUCUUGAGCGUGACCUACAUCCACUUUCCGUUGACGAAAUCCUGGAGGAAUUAAUGCUCCAGGACACUCCCCAGUCAGACAUCAAUUGGCUCGAAAACGAGGCUUUACCUAAUAACCCGAAAAUAUCAGUGUCUUCAGACGGAAAGUUCGUGUUUAAACCGAAGUAUGACAUCCGAUCACGAAAUGAGCUGUAUCAAAUUCUUAAGAAGCACGAAAUCAAAGGAUUGGGUGGCAUUUAUCUUGAUGACAUCUGCGAAGCCCUCCCUGAAGCCGAGAAGGUCAUUCAGAAUCUUGGCGACACAGUAAUCCAGGUUACCACUCCACAUGACAAGAAGACUGUACUGUUUUUUAACGACAAGUCGUUUGAUUUGAAUGUGGAAGAGGAGUUCAAGCAACUUUGGCGGGCUGUCAGCGUGGAAGGUGUUCACGAGGGGAAGAUUGAGGAGUACCUGCAUAAAAACGGCAUCACGUCUAUGUCCGCGGACAAAAAAGUUUUUAUUCCAGCAGCCAAGCAAAAACGCCCCGGCCAGCGUCGAGCUACCCGCCCGGUGAGGCUAAAAGACAACGAACAUCUUCAGGACAUUCUGAAAGACUUUUCUGAUAAAAAACCCUAG